GAGCAAGAGAGCGCGCUCGUGUGUGUGUGUGCACCGUGGUGGCAAGUUAAUUUCGCCUGUUUCACUUAGCAGCGAGCGGCCAGUGCAGAACCGUCCGCGCUGUAGAAUAGAUGCCCGCUAGAGGCCGGGCCGAUUGUCGCCGCACGAGAGGACCGGUAGGAAUCGCGCCACGCCACGCCACGCCAGGUAGUAGUAGGCUACCGCGCUCUCGGGACCACACGCCCAUGAGGUGAUCGUCGCAGGCGGUGUGUGUGUGUGUGUAGUGUACUGUAGUAGGCGGUCAUCGCAAGACGGAAGGAGCGGUGGUGUAUCCUUUUUCAGUCUCAGGGAGCGGCCUAGUUGGACUAGUUCGUGCGGAGAAGAUUUGCGCCUGGUAGUCAGCUAGCUAGCUUCGUGUGUUUAGGAGGGGCACUGCGCAAACCAGAGCACAUCGCACAGGGAACUACACACAGGAACAGUAGGGGCCCUGUGUGGUCUCUGUCUCACACGUUGCGUUGGGCGUUUGCUACCGAUCGAUCGGUUGAUCGAUUCUCGCCAGCAGCAGCAGCAGCAGCAGCAGCCGUGCAGCCUGCGUCGCAUCAAUCAAACCGCUAGCGGCACUGGACACUACAGAAACGGACACACACACGCGCGCACGCGUGAACACAUACUCGAUCAACUCGGAACUAGAGGCUAGUCUCUAGCGCACGCGGUUUGAGAGCGGGGAAAACGGAACGGAACCGAUCGGUCUGCCCCGGCGCACGCCAGGAGGGCCAGGAUGCCAAUAUGGUGUGCGAUGGUCUGGGCAGCACUGCAGUUGCCGUGAGUAGCGGGCGUGAUCCUCUUCCGGCCGCCGGGACUCGGCGUACCAUCUGCCGGCCAAUGAAUUCUGGCUGCCAUUGGCAGCAGCAGCAGCAGCAGCAGCAUCAUCAUCCUGCCGGAGUUGUGUAGUAGUAGCGGAAGUACGAGCGCGCGCGCGCCCGCCCGUGGAGUGCGGAGCGGCUACCCCGUUUAGAACCCCAGGAACCAAACGACCAAACGCCCCUUUUUUGCGCGAAUACUCGAAUAUUGUCCAUUGUAUUGUGUCUGUGUGUGUGUGUUUGCUCCCAGUCUCCCAGUCUCCCAGUCCCCAGUGUUUGUGUGCUUUGUGUUUUUGUGCGCGUUUGUAUGUAUGUUUAAUGUUUUGUGUGUGCAAAGUGCACCUUAGCCAGAGGAUUUGGGUCGAGGAUUUGCAGUGCCAUCAGCUACAUCAGCUACAUCAAAAAACAGCUAGUACGCCGGGUACUCCUGGCGGCCAUCCAGAGUAGACGAUACCAGGGUUCACCGCAGAGGAGUAAGCGACAGUCGAGAAUCGGCGCACAACCGCCAACCAACCGAAACCGCGCCAGCCAACCCCUUCCAACCAACCAAUCACCUGAAGUCUCUCCUGCCCCUGAUGCCGACGGAAGGGAGAAGUAAGAGGAGAAGGAGGAGGAGGACGAGUAGUAGCUGGAGCAGAAGCAGCAGCAGCAGCAGCAGCAGCAGCAGCAGGAUGAUGGCGAUGGCGAUGGCGAUGAUGAUGGUGAUGGAACAGCUCGCCGUCACCCUCCUGCUCGUCUGCAGCCUAAUGAUCGUGCGCGUCGACAGUGUGGCCUCGCCCAACGACAUCAUCUCGGGGCAGGAGUUCCUGUCGAUACUGAUGAAGCCCGGCCCGGCCGGUACGGCGGUCGGCGGUGACGGAUCGUCGAAGGUCGCGAGCGUCCCGUUGGCGGUGGCCGCAACCGAGCAGCCACCGCGCAACCGGGGUCUCCGCAAGUUUCGCCACUUCUUCUACGGCGGUCAGGCGGCGGUCGAUGGUGGUGAGGAUGAGGAGACGAUACUGCCGAUCGAGGCGUUGUUCGCCGGCGGUACACCGACCGACGGACGGUCGGAGCAGAUGGAGCGAAAUAUCGGACCGUACGGCCGGUCGGCCGCAAGAAAUCUCAAGCUACUGCCUAGCAGUACGACGACGACGACGACGACGACUAUGAGACCGUCUGUACGCUGGUUACCGGUGUCCGUGAGCAGCACCACAACCACUACCACUGCACAGCCGGCAGUCAUGAGUGAGGAGCAGACGAUUGGACCGGAGGGUAUCACCGAGAUAACCACAGAGGCGAUAGCGACGACAACGGAAGUCCCUGGUCUGCCGGAGCCGGAGGAGACGAAGGAACCGGAACCGGCGCACCAUUCGAACUCGCACCGGAGCGAGCUUUCGGUGGAGGAGGUCGCUCCGAUGGUGAGCAAGCAGCAGCAGCAGCAGCAUGAGAAGGAGAAGCCGGACGUACUGGUGGACGUAGAGGAGGAAGUGGAGAAGCAGGAACAGGAUCGCAAGUUCGGCCGGAUAGGGCAGCGGACCGAGCGGGCCCGGUCAGCGGGGUCGCAGCACCGUACCGAGCGCAAGCAGGAGUCCCAAGGGUCGCAACAGACCGUCAUUUAUCACGACAAGAAGAGCGACACUGGUGGCAGUGGUGGUAGUGGUGCCCAGAAGUCGGUCUCGUACAGCUUCAUCGGCGAGAGCGCACCGACGCUGAAGACCUGGCGCGACCUCAACGCCGAGUACCUGCCAGAGCAGACGACGGUGGCCGGGGCGACGACGACGACGACGAUGACGUCGCUGGCCUUCCAGCCCCGCUCGCCGGAGCCGGCCACCGCCCACAGCUACUCGCAGCCGGCUCGGUUCUACUCCGAGCCGGCCCAGUUCUACUCGGAACCGGCCCGGAUCUACUCGGAACCGGCCCGGAUUUACGGGGAACCGGAGAAGGUGUACUCGGAGCCGGCGCGCGUCUACUCACAGCCGGCGCGCGUUUACUCCGAACCGGCCAAGGUGUACUCGGAGCCGGCCCGCGUUUACUCCGAGCCGGCCAAGGUGUACUCGCAGCCGUCGAGCUACUGGCAGACGGCGUACUCGAUGCCGCGCGCGACCGGCGACACCGCGACCACGGAACCCACGGAUUCGUCCACCACGACGACGACGACGACGACGACGACGACGGUGACGGUGGCGACGCAGGCGGACGACGCCGAGCAGCGCAACCGGCAGCGGUUGGUGUUCAACGAGCUGGACAAGAUACCGUACGAUCAGCUGAACGCACCGGUCGACGGCGAUGAGCGCAUCACGCUCCACAAUGCCAUCGGGAAGUUUGUGCCGAAGCAGCAGGUAACGGGCCAGAAUGGGCAGCAACCGGCGGCAGUACAACCGCUUCCACCGGUAGCCGGGGCCACCGGGGCCGACGGUGACGCCAAGAUCGGGUACGUGGUCGAGGGGCGCAACUAUCGGAAGUACCGGGUGGAGGAGAAGACCCCGGAUGGGUUCAUCGUCGGCGAGUACGGUGUGUUGAGCCACAACGAUGGGAAUUUGCGGGGCGUUCGGUACACCGCCGACUCCGACAUCAACCCGCGCCUCAUCUACGACGCGCUGCUCAAGUUUCUGUCCCUCUAGGGAGAGAUAGAGAGAGAGAGCGAAAUAGAGACAGAGAGAAAGAGAGAGAGAGGAGGUAGGGAGGGAGGGGGUGUUGUCUCUCUGUCGGGCGACAGAGUAGUCCUCUAAGUAGUAAUAGUAUACAGCAAACAGCAGCCGCCGGUCGAAACAGCCGGAGUCAACCGAGUCAGCCAAUACUCUCUAGGCCAAAUAGCUCUCGAUCGUGGACCACCCUGGGGAUAGCAUCGAACAGAGAGAAAGUGAGAGAGAAAUAGAGAGAGAGAGAGAUCAAGAGAGAAAGAAAGAGAGAGAGAGAGAGAGAGAGAAAAAGAGAGAAAGAAAGAAAGAGGGGGUAAGAGAGUGGGAAAGAGAUCCUGGAGCUCGACCAGCUAAUUGGAGAAAUCAGCUGGGGAGCAGAUCCGGUAAAACAUAUACACAAACACACACACACACACACACUCACACAGACAUGCUCAGAUGCCAUAUCUUCAAGCCCAUCCUGCCAGAGGAUCCUGGCCUGGGCACGGUCUACCUCCUAUGCGCAGUAGAGUAGAUGCGUAGCUAAUGUGACUACAGGAUCACAGCUUCACAGAUCCAGCCACGAUCCCCCUUCCCCCCUCCCCCUGAUGAUCCUGUUGUCCCUUGUUCACCCCUCCCAGCCCUCUCGUGUAUUGUUAAUUGUAAUUGUGAUAAUAGGGUAGACUUAUUUAAACGUAACUUAACUUAGGUCGUAGCGCUGGCUAGGUUUGGUCGGUAUGUUAGGUAGGUUAGGUAAGAAGGCAGAUAAAGGGGCUACGCUAAAAGGUGAUAAUAGCCCUGCCAAACGCCCCUCUUCCCCCUCCCCCUCACGGUAGCAUAAAUCGUCCGCAUUGCAUUGCUCAAAUCGAAUUUAGUGUCCAUUGCGCGCGCACUCUCGCACUCCGCUCAGUUCAGGUCUUGUUCGCGGUACGCGGCAUCCGGCCAGUUUGCUCGAAGUCAAACGCACUUCUGGUUCUGGCACCGGGGUACCGUUGACCCGUUGGAGAUAACAGUAGGGAUAACAGCUGCGCGGAUAUUUUUCACAGCUGCUUGCCAUAUAACAAAACACAGGAAAUCGCAACACGGGAUCGAUCUGCUCGCUGGAGUCUCUCGUUUGCUCGCUGGAGGGAAUUUGAGCGGAGGAACGGAUAAGAGUGCUAGUGAGAAAGAGACGUCAAGCCACGCCAUCAAGGCAGGCACUGCCUGGCAUGAAACAUACACGCACACACGCACAAACACGCGCAUAGGCGUGUACCUUUAUAUUGGAUAUAGAUGGAGAAUUGAAUUUUUAGUGCGUAAGCAGCAGAAGCAGCGGUAGUAGCAGUAGUAGCAGUAGUAGUAGACGUAGUAGUAGUAGGUAGAGUAGGCUACUGCAGUUGUGGGAACAAUGAACAGGUAGGUUGCAUGUCAUACGGUCACCGACGUUAUGUAGGUGGAGUAGGUGGAUAAGACAGGUAGCGACAGUUAGCGUAAGCCGCCCAGGAUCCUGCGCAGGACUAGCAGAGCUCUCCAGUAGAAGCGGAGUGGCCGAAGGGCCGGAGUAGGCCUCGUGUGCGAUAGGCUGAUGAUGUGCUUCAAGCAAGAUAAACCAGAUCUAGUAGCUCCAAUCCUCCAGCCUCUCUUCUCUGUUUCUCGCUUUCUCUUUCCAAUGGCCUCUUUCUCUCUCUCUCUCUCUCUCUCUCUCUCUCUCUUUCUCUCUCUGUUUUCUUCUCUCUUUCAUUAUGAUCUUAAUAAAUGUAUUGCCAUCUUCCAACAAAACAACAGCAG